AUGGCCUACAAUAUUGACAAUGACGACACCAAGUACUCCACUUGCCUAUCAGAUAUUGAUGAAUGGCUGGAACAUGCUAAUAAGUUCUGCAGAUCGUCAAACCAUCAUACAGAAUCUGUUCAUUCGGAGCAAAAUGGAAGCAAGGAAGAAGAAGACUCGAGACUCUCAGCAAUGUGUAACAGCUACCUUGUGGCUCCAGAACAUCGUGAACUUCACAACAUAACAAUACCCUGUGUUAGAGAAGAGAGUCCUGUUUCCAAGGGACAGACCUGCCUUACCUGCACACACAGAACCGCCAAGUGUAGAGGCUAUGAACGCACAAGACUAUUGGGACCAUAUGAUGAAUUUUUCGAUGAUGUCAGGAGGAGGAAACAGGAAGCAGAAAGAGAUGCUCAUAAGACCAAGCAUAAUGAUCUGGAGAGGAAACAAUUUAAGGCCUCAGUGAGGACUCAAAAGAAAAUAUGCCUAGUGAGGGAAAAGGCAGAGAAGCAAAAGAUGAACUUGAGACGAUCAACAAUGAAAAAAUUUCAACAGAUGCAAACAUCUGAGACUCACUCCCCUUCAGAAAUUUCUUGGGGUUCACACAUUCCAUUACGACGUUAA